AGAUUCGAACCGACAUAAAAGAGAUGAAAACCGAAAUUUCAGAGCUUAGAACAGACGUAACAGAGAUGAAAUCAGAAAUGUCGGAAGUGAAAACCGAUAUGAAAAAAAAUUGUCUAAAUCUUGCAGCAAGCUUUUAG